AUGCCUCACAGCGACGAUAGACCAAUGGACUUCAGCGAGCUUUAUGGCUACGAGUAUGCCGUGAACAUUUCAGGUGCCAUCGGGGGACCGGUAACGACUACCAACAUGGCUAUAGCGGAGUAUAACACAGCUCUUGACGGGAUGCCCUCAGCAACAAGUCGGGAGUGCUUUGACGGCUGCAUAAUCGCAUACAUACCGGACCCGGACAUCAACUACGCUGAAGAGGCGCUAUGGUUUGCACUCGUCGUGAGCUCAAACGAGCACGGUGGACCUGUACAGAUAAGGCCUCUUCUCUCGGGAGCGCGGUUGUAUGCGCUGGCGCAGGGGAAUGUCCCGGGGAUAUACAACCCAGAUCAGCUACUACACGAGCUGCAGCAAGCAGAGGUCGACGGAACAGCUCAGUUACUCAUAUGCAAUGCCGUGCAUGAUCUACCUUACACCGACAUCCGCCACGUACUCACUGUCGGUGAGUUCAGGACCUUGAACUUUGACGGCACUUUGGCGGUUCGCUUGCAGGCAGAUGGCCAAACGAAUAUCAUCGAGACUUAG